CUCGUUAAAGCUCGUGCGCGAGUGUGAAAUAUCGCGAGAUCCGCCGCUUUACCUCACUACGUAAUGUGCCGUGCUGCUUAUGGCGGCGCUGGUGACAGUGCUGAAAGCUGUUGGGUAUGAAGUGAAAAAGAACUGACUUUUGUACCAUCGGAAACUCCUACUUCAAGUUCAGAUCAAUCGGAAGAAACAAAUCAAGAAAAAAAAAAACGAAGAACACGCCUGAAAACGACUCCAAGACUCACCAGAUUUGAAGGAAAGCCUCGACCGAACUUCACCCACGACGACCAAACCAAGCAACCAAAGAAAUUCAAAAACGGCUACGCCUGACGCAACCGCCAUCAACGUUAACGGCAAAGACGAUUUGUGAUCUGAGACAAGAAGUUUGUGCCUACUCAACAGCUUUGACAAAGCACGCGUCCCAACGCUGCUCCAAGCCCUCCUUAUCCUCCCCGCACUUCCACUCCACUGGGGUGCGGAGUGGGCUGCUGUCUGCUAGUUUAACUUUCUUUCUUCCUGUUAUUUCUCGCUGUUCAUCUUGUCCCAACCAGUGUUCUUACACCUGCAUUUGCCUUGUUUUCUUUUUCUUUUGUCCCUUUUUUUUAUCAUUAUUUUUUGGAAGCUUUUUAACAUUAGAACGUGUCCAGAAAUCAGAGGAAGUAAACACAAGCGUGUGCGCGCUCAAGAACAAAAAGAGAAAAUCUUUGGCACAGUGUUAAGUGUGACGUCAAAACACCGUACCAAGCCAUCUAAGCAAGUGCCCUUCAGCCAUGAGUGCUCCAAUAAAGAUGGAGAGAGCAUAUACUGAAUCAGCUGCCCCCACUGUUGCUGCUUCUCUCCCCUCCACCUUCAGCCAACCCAUUCCCCGCUCUGCCUCAGUCUCUUGCCACACUCCUCGUGCGGCAGGGGGCAAAAAGCAGAAACGGACCCCGUUGUACCAGAGAUCUAUGAGUUUCGACCCAAGCCUGCUGCAUAGCAACGGCUUUGCUAACGGCACUGGAGUGGGCCUCCGGGAGACUGGUGUGGUGGAGAAGCUGCUUAGCUCCUAUGGCUUUAUCCAGUGCUCAGAGAGACAGGCUCGCCUGUUCUUCCACUGCUCCCAGUACAAUGGCAAUCUGCAGGAGCUCAAGAUUGGAGAUGAUGUUGAGUUUGAGGUGUCAUCAGACAAGCGCACAGGCAAACCCAUUGCUGUGAAGCUGGUAAAGAUCAAGGCCGAAGUUCUGCCCGAAGAGCGAAUCUCUGGGCAGGUCGUUUCGGCCAUUCCUAAUCACCUGGAUGGAAGGUCUGCUCCUGGCCAGGUCCCCACCGGCAGCGUGUGCUAUGAGAGAAACGGGGAAGUGUUCUAUCUCACUUACACCCCUGAUGAUGUGGAGGGCAACCAACAAUUGGAAACAGGUGAUAAAGUCAGCUUCUACAUGGAGACUAACAAGCAUACUGGAGCAGUCAGUGCCCAUAACAUUAUGUUGGUAAAGAAGAAGCCAAUGAGGUGCCAGGGUGUGGUGUGUGCCACCAAGGACGCCUUUGGAUUUAUUGAGCGAGCGGAUGUAGUGAAAGAGAUUUUCUUUCACUACAGUGAGUUCAAAGGUGAUCUGGAGGCUCUGCAGGCUGGCGAUGACGUGGAAUUUUCUAUUAAGGACCGAAAUGGGAAAGAGGUUGCUACGGAUGUUCGUCUGCUCCCUCCCGGCACGGUUAUAUUUGAAGAUAUCAGUAUUGAACAGUUUGAGGGCACAGUUACCAAGGUUAUCCCUAAAGUUCCCACCAAGAAUCAGAACGACCCACUACCGGGGAGAAUUUGUGCACGGAUUAAUUUCACCCAAAAGGAACUUCUGUUUGGGGAGAAAGACAGCAAAUCCAAGGUGACACUUCUGGAAGGAGACCAUGUCCAGUUCAACAUUUCCACUGACCGUCGAGAUAAGCUCGAGCGAGCUACAAACAUUGAUAUACUGCCUGACACCUAUUUUACCAAGGAGACUCGUGAAAUGGGUGUGAUCGCUGCAAUGCGUGAUGGGUUUGGCUUCAUUAAGUGUGUGGACCGUGAUGCCCGCAUGUUCUUCCACUUUAGUGAGGUUUUGGAGGAAAGCCCACUGCACAUUUCAGACGAAGUGGAAUUUACUGUCGUCCCUGACAUGCUGUCAGCCCAAAGGAACCACGCAGUGCGAAUCAAGAAGCUGCCCAAGGGCACGGUGUCUUUCCACACACAGUCUGAACAGCACUUCCUUGGUGUUGUUGAUAAGGAGGCUACUGCUGCCUCAAAUGGCAAGACUAAUGCCAGCCCCAACAAGGGUAAAGAGAAGGAAGCAGAGGAAGGCGUGAUUGUAUAUGAAGACUGUGGAGUGAAGCUGACCGUCUCCUAUCAUAUCAAAGAUCUAGAGGGCGGUAUGCUCCCGCAGAUUGGAGACAAGGUGGAGUUUGUGAUCAGCGAAGUAAAGCGCACAGGCCAGCAGAGUGCUGUCUCCAUCAAAGUCUUAAACCGCACCGCUAACACCAAGAGGCUCCUGGGUUACAUCGCGACACUUAAGGACAACUUUGGCUUUAUCGAAACCGCCAAUCAUGACCAGGAAAUCUUCUUUCACUUCAGUGAGAUGUGUGGUAACAUGGACAACCUGGACCUGGGGGAUACGGUUGAAUACACUCUGUCUAAGGGCAAAGGGAAUAAAGUCAGUGCUGAGAAAGUUACCAGGGUACCUUAUGUGAAUGGACUGGGUGAGGACAUUAGCAGUACUGUGUUUUCGGGAAAAGUAAUCCGGCCCCUGCGUAGUGUGGAUCCCUCUCAAACUGAAUACCAAGGACUUAUUGAGGUAACCGAAGAAGGCUCCAGUAAAGGUCAGAAUUAUCCGUUUGGAAUCGUUAGCAUGACUAGUAAACGAGAUUGCCUGCAGAAAGGAGAGGUGGUGAAGUUUCAGCUGUGUACCGUGCCCCAGACAGGCCAGAAAAUGGCAUGCAACGUUGUUCCACAGCGUAGAGCUCUGGUGGAAUGCGUUAAAGACCAGUUUGGUUUUAUCACAUACGAGGUAGGCGAGAGUAAGAAGCUGUUCUUCCACAUGAAAGAGGUGCAGGAUGGCUUGGAGCUCCAGGCUGGAGAUGAGGUGGAGUUCUCGGUUAUCCUAAACCAGCGCACGGGGAAGUGCAGUGCCUGCAAUGUCCGCAGAGUCAGUGAGGGACCUAAAGCAGUGGCAACACCUCGGCCUGACCGCCUGGUGAACCGGCUGAAGAGCAUCACCCUGGACGAUGCCAGCGCUCCACGUCUGGUGAUCAUUAGACAACCCCGGGGCCCUGAUAAUUCAAAGGGCUUUAAUGUAGAGAGGAAACCUCGCCAGGCCGGCGUGAUUGACUGAUCGACUGUUUGCUGCUCCUCCAUCUCCACAUUGACAACACCUCAGAGAAAAGAAGCAAUCAAGACUAAAGGACAGGGAAGGGAUUUGCACUGUUAUAAACAUCAAUAAAACACAUGAAGUGACACAUA